AAAAAUGGUAAAGAAAAGACCUUCCAGCACAAGAUCGCAUCACUCGCUGCCUCUGGACGAGGAGGUCGAACAGUCUAGGUUGGCUAAACAGAAGAAAACAUCCGGACAGUCCGUGAUCAUGAACGUGAGUCAAGACGACGAAUCCAGCGUUGUUGUCGAUGACCGAACGUCUAAGAAAAUUCUCUCGAUCGCCAAGAAACAGCAGGAUGAGAUUGGAAUGGAGCUGGGCUAUGCCGAAGUUGCGAAAAGAAAACAGUUCUCGCUGUCAGGGUCAGGAGAAAGUGGGGUUCGAUCCGAGGAGAUGCAUGAAGAACUGCAAGAAAACGAAGAUGACCCUGAUGAUGAAAAUGCGGAUCUGAAAGAUGAGAUGAUUUUGGAAUCCGAGCGAAAGUUGUGGGAUGGAACUGACUUAAACGCAGAAGACGUAACAGAAGAAGAGGAAAAAGUUAUGAAGGAAUUCAUGAAAAUGACGCCUCAAGGUGAAGGCAAAUCACAGGCGAAAACUGUUAUCUUCUCAAAUCAAGAGUCGAUUUAUGACAAAUAUAUGGAAGCCUUGGCGCUGAAGCGGGCCGAAGUCGAUGACGCAGUCUCGCAAAGUCAAACAGCAGACACUUCUAGUCCGCAGUUAGAUGAAAGGAUCAUAGCAGUUUAUAAAGGCGUGGGCGAGGUUAUGAGCAAGUACAGGAGCGGAAAGAUUCCAAAGGCGUUCAAGGUGCUGCCAGUUUUGCUGGACUGGGAACCCCUGCUGUUUCUGACCAAACCCCAUCAAUGGACAGCCGCUGCUAUGUAUCAAGCUACGCGAAGAUUUUCGGCCUCUGCAAAUGAGAAAAUUGCUCAAAGGUUCUAUAAUUUGGUUCUGCUACCUCGAGUUCGAGACGACAUUCAAGAAUACAAGAAGCUGAAUUUUUUUCUCUACAUGGCCCUAAAAAAGGCUUUGUUUAAAAUUGGAGCGUUUUUCAAGGGCUUUUUGCUUCCUUUGUGCGAAGAAGGUGACUGUACAUUACGUGAGGCCGUGAUAAUUUCUAGUAUUCUGGCUAAAUGCUCAAUUCCAGUUCUCCAUUCUAGCGCAGCCAUGUUGAAAAUAGCCGAGAUGCAGUGGAAUGGAGCAAAUAGCAUAUUUUUGAAGACUUUUUUCAACAAGAAAUACGCAUUACCGUUUCGAGUCAUUGAUGCUUCAGUUCAUCAUUUCCUGAGUUUUAAAGACGAUCAAAGGAAUUUCCCAGUUUUGUGGCACCAGUGUUUUCUCACAUUUGUUCAGAGGUACAAAAAUUCACUCUCGAAUGAACAAAAAGAACAGUUGAUGAGACUAGCUCAGAGGCAGUACCACGCUCACAUAACGCCAAUGGUGCAGCGCGAAUUGCAAGUGUCGAUUAAUAAAUUCCCUGAAAAUUAUACUCAGAAAGAGGCUGAUGAUGAAAAUAUGUCCGAAGCUUCUACUAUGAAUUGAUUAUUGAAAGUUGUUUUUUUUUUCCAGAGGUUUUAGCAACGUAGAUGAAGUUAACUUCUGUGCUUGA